CAUUUUAUUUACAAUACGAAACAUAGACACACAUACGUACGUAUUAUAUUUAAAAUCGUCAUUUAUAUCAGCAAGGAUCGAAAAGUUAAUUUUUUAAAUGAUAUGCCCCUGACGAUUGACAACCGUACGUACACUCUUGUAUGAAACAUAUGUAUCAAUGUAUCAAUUAGUCUUUUCAUUUAUGAUUAAGAAUUUCACAAGAGAUUCAUUUAGAUUAAAUAAGAUUUACAAGAUAGAUUUGUUUAGAAAAGAUGAAAGGAGGUAUGAGUUCCAUUUUUCUUUUUUUUUUUUUUUUUACUUCUUUUUCUAUUUCUUUUUAUAUUAGCGGGCAAUUCAAUACGCGAUAAGAUAGGACAAGACAAAAUUCGAAGAGAUAGCAAGUACAUUCCAUUUCCGAAUAUCUUCAAAGCUUUCUAUCAAAUGAAAUAAAAUCAAGAAAUACCAUUAUUUGAUAAAAAUCGAUCAACAGAAAACGAUAUAAGUUAAAAGAAAAAUUACUUAGUUAUCAUGACGACAGCUUAUCCGAUCUCUUAUCUCCGAAUAGUAUCUGACAAAAUUUCGUCUGUUAAAGAAGCAGAGUAGGUUUAUAAACCGAGCCGAAAGUUAGAAUCACACUAUUGAUAAGGAAUUUUUUCUUUUCAAGUCAAAGCGAUUAUUUUUUUUAGCGUACAAUUUGUCGAUCGAGUCAUAAUGAAAAUCAUCAGUUUUUUAUUGGUUGCAGCAUUAUCUUUUAAUCAAGUAAUCAGUGUGAAAGUGAUCGUCGAGGAAAAUUUAAAAAAUGCCGAAAAAAAGAUCAAUGACUCGAAAAACAAAAUCGAGGAUGCUAUUAAGGAUAUUAAUAGAUAUAGAAGUAAUCUUCAAUUUAUGUUCAACAACAAAAUAACGGCACGACAGGAACAACACGUAAAGACUAUUCGUUGUAUAACUGAUCUUUCGUUGGAAGAAAUUCGUACAUUCGUUUACCAUGCAAGAUCACAAGGCAAGAAUCCAACCAACUGUUACCAGAAUAGUCAAGCAGCUACAAGAAUCAUAAGCAAUCAUGGCUAUUCCUCGUUAGACAAAUGUGUCAAAGAAGCCAAAGUAUUUAUCGAGCAGGUUCAGACCACCAUCGAUAACAUCAUUACCACCGGUCAGACACUCAUAGCGGAACUAGAUUAUAUCUUCCCCAAUUGUCAUAAUCGGCUGCCAAAAAUAAUAUUACAUUGUGUAACUCGAAAAAUCAAGAAAUACGAGUUAUACAUUAAAAAUUUCGAUUCAUCGAUAACUUCCAUGAGAACGACCGGAGACACUGCCUUCCAUCAAGGCUUUCUUCAUGGUAUCGCAUGUUACAACAACGUUGUCGUCAAAACUCGCGAAAGUGUACGAGCUAACGUCGCCGAAGCCGAAUAUUGUAUUAAUAAAUCUUAAUAAUUAUUGUUAAUUAAAGGGGAAACAUCAAUCUAGAGAAAUAUA